GUGAAGAGCAAUUUGUACCGGCGACAGCAGUGGCACGUACGGCUGUGACAAAUCGCCGCGAGGGCCACCUGCGAAUCUGGACAAAUGCAAGCAUCCGUCAUGAAACAUUUCAUUACUUAUUUGCUCUGUUUACAUACGUGCAGCGCGGCAUUCGGAAAUUUCGACUUUUUGAAAUUAUUUAACGGAACAGCAAACAAUGAAUUUGGAAUAAUAAAAUUCCCGGACGAGAAAGGCACGGUGCACGUUUUUAACAGUACAGCUAAACCUAAUUCAAAAUGGCUAUUCAAUAUUGGAAAAUUUACCAAUAAAUACUAUUUGUAUACUCGGGCAAAUCCUCAAUACGAAGAGUUAAUAAUGGACGAUAUCAGCUCUAUAACAGAUUCUAACUUCAAUACAAGCAAUCCAACUGUAGUGAUAGUACACGGCUGGACGGGAAAUCGAGACUCUAAUAUUAAUAUUGCAUUACGCGGUGCGUUCACAAUGAUAGGGGACUACAAUGUCAUAGUGUUAGACUGGGGUAAAGUCGCCGGCAAGGAUUACAUAACCUCGGUAGAAGCCGUUCCUAGAGUUGGCAGAUAUUUGGGCAAAUUCUUAUCAUUUUUGACUUCUGUCACUAAUGUUUCCAUAAGUUCACUACAUUUAGUAGGACAUAGUUUGGGUGCCCAUGUUGUCGGAAAUGCUGGGAAAGAACUAGGAGGACAAGUUGGUCGAAUAACAGGUCUAGAUCCGGCUGGUCCUUUAUGGAGUUUGAAUAGCAAGCGCUUGAGUGAAACUGACGCAAUAUACGUCGAGGCCCUUCAUACAAAUGCUGGAUUUUUUGGAAUCCUCGAAGCCGUCGGUAGAACUGAUUUCUACGCGAAUGGUGGUUUCGAUCAACCUGGCUGUCUCACAGAUAUUUGCAGUCAUGAACGAGCUUCGAAAGUCUUUGCUAGUUCACUCAUGUUUGAUAAUUUGGUCGGCUACCAAUGCGCGUCGCUUUUGCAGUUCACACUUGAUAUGUGUUAUGGAUCUACUUUGAAUUUUGGAAAUGAUAAAUUAAUAAAAAGCGGGUAA